AUGAACUCCUCAACAAGUCUAGCAUAUGUAUAUGGAGAAUGGCUUCCUGUGUGCUUGGAGAAAUAUUUUCUUCCUGCAGUCUUAUGGCCAUUACUGGCAUUAGUAGCAGUUCCUCUCUGGAUUUUCUUCUAUAUCUACCUAUCUGUUUUUAUUGUCCUGGCCUAUGAAAUAUCUACUAAAGUUAAGGAAGAGACCCAUAAAAGCUGCCAUUUUAUUUUGGGAUAUCUCUGGGACUUCUUUGGAAGAAUAUGGCAUGGUUAUGAAAUACAUGGAAUAGAAAAUCUACCAGAUGGACCAUGCCUUAUUAUUUAUUAUCAUGCUGCACUUCCUAUAGAUUACAUUUUCUUUCUAGCAAGGAUUUUUUUCCUGAAGAAUAGACUGUGCUGUCACACAGUGGUCGAUCGUUUUGUCCUUAAGUUCCCAGGCUUAAGAAUGCUUUCCAGGAAUCUGAAAAUGAUGACUGGUACAAAGGAAGAAUGUCUUUGUGCCCUGAAGAAUGGUGAUUGGGUGGCUAUUGCACCAGGGGGAACACGAGAAGCCAUCUUUAGUGAUGAAACCUACAAAACUAUAUGGGGUAAACGGACAGGUUUUGCAAAAGUUGCUAUAGAAGCACGAGUGCCUAUAAUCCCAAUGUUUACAGAGAAUAGUCGUGAGGGGUACAGGACACUUGGAAGAAUAAGACUGCUGAAAAAUUUAUAUGAAUAUAUUCGAUGGCCACUAAUUUUUCUGUAUGGUGGGUUUCCAGUGAAAUGGCGUACACAUGUUGGACAGCCCAUACCAUAUGAACCAAAUAUAACUGCUGAAGAGCUGGUAGAAAAGGCGCAAAAUGCUUUACAGAGUUUAAUAAACAAACACCAGAAACUCCCAGCAAGCAUAAGAAGAGGUCUGUUGGAACGAUUUCAUAACAAGAAAAAAAUUUCUAAGAAACAUCUUCCAGGUUACCCACUGUGUUCCAAAUGCUGUACUUUGAUGGGAAGCAGAA